AUGAGGCCUGCCACAGAACCGACAUUGCCCAUCGAGCUCGCGACCGUCUGCAUCACAAGCUUGCUUUAUGGCAUCUUCUUGCUGCUAUUCGGAUCAUUCGUCUACCUUUCCGCAACGCGUUUGGCGCCCACUAUCAAUGGCUUGCGUCGUGACCCAUUCUACGUCUCGCCGAUAUUCAUAGUUGGUGUGGUGUUGCUUAUGUUGAUCAGCGCUAACUGGGUGCUCACAAUUGUUCGCCUUUUCGACGGGCUGAUGGAUGACACCGGAGAGCUUCAACUGGGGCUCUUCUUUUCUGACUUGGCCAAUCCAACUUACGUUGCAAAAUCUGUCCUAUACUUCAUGACUGCUUUGUCACAGGAUACGAUCAUCAUCAGACGUUUGUCGCGUUCGUGGAACCACAACAAACCGAUCAUUAUCUUCCCCAUAAUCUUGUGUUGCAGUCUAAUUGCGGCUGGGGCAAACGCUGCCUAUCAACUUUCAAGGCAUACCGAAGGAGACAGAAUUGUCAAUGAAUCGGCAGGCCGCUGGAUCGUCAGUGCUGCAGCGCUAACGUUUGCGUAUGUCGAUUUUGCGGUCAUGAACAUGUAUGCAUAUACAUCCCCAUGCAUAGACGAAGGUACUGACCGAGAUAUGACUAGGACCUUCAUAAUAUUUUUCCUUGUAUCUUUCCUCGCACGCACAUACGUGGCCAGUUUCGCUAUCGAGAUGUGGAUGCAAAUGGCGGGGAUUUCGUAUAUGUUGGUCAUCAUCCGUCUUCGCAUCGGCCCUGGCUACCAACGCAAGGCACGGCCAAUCAUAUUGCCACCUUCUAAGAGUUACAAUCUCACGACUGUUAUAACUCAUAAUUGGAGGGUUUCUGUGACAUCGGCACCGGCGGUGAACACAACGGAAUAUCACCCACCGAAUAGUCCCAUAGUCGAUGUAUCUACCAAUAGGAUCGUCGAUGAAUGUUAG